AUGUUCGUAUCCGGAAGUCAAGAUAAAACGGUUCGAUUUCGGGAUUUGAGAGUACGCGGAUUCGUUAACAUGGUUACCCCGGACUCACCAGUUGCUGCCGUUUGCGUCGAUCUAUCUGGACGACUCCUGGGAUCCGGACACGAAGAUUCCUCGUGCGUUUUGUACGAUAUUCGCGGGGGUAGAAACGUUCAAUGUUUCAAACCUCAUUCGUCAGACAUAAGAUCGAUAAGGUUUUCACCGAACGCUUAUUACCUACUGACCGGAGGAUACGAUAACAAACUCGUCUUGAAGGAUUUACAAGGAAGGGAUUUGACGUUGCCGCUUCCCAGCGUCGUCGUCGCCGCUCAUCACCAAGACAAAGUUAUUCCUGGAAGGUGGCAUCCGACAGAAUUUUCAUUUUUGAGCACGAGCGCCGACAAGACGUGUACUCUGUGUGGGCUUUACUCUCACCAUUUGAAACCACCGUAA